GACAGAUGUCAGUUUCAACGCACAAUUUUAGCGCGAAACGUUUGACAGCAAAGUUAACAACACACAACACGAAGUAAAAUAUUUUGAUUUUUGUGAUUGAAUGAAAAUAUGAAAUAUUCGGUAUAAUUUUGUGAGUUUAACUAAAUUGCUAUCAACAUGGAUUAUCCAACGGAAGAAGAGAUGGCUGAAUUCUAUGAAUACGCUGCAGGGCAGUCGAAUCAGCCACAAUCUCAGCCGCAAUCACAGCUUGAAUCAUUGCCACCAUCGCAGCCAUCGUCGCAAGCAUUUCCAAUGGGAAAAGAUACACCCACAUCAAAUCGUGGUGAACACAGUUUUUUCCAGAAUAAUUCCCAACUCUCGCAAAUUCCAGCCAAUGACACGGCUGUGAAUCGUCGCCUCUUUGGCACACCAUUGAAUUCGAACCUUUCCAAUCGAGUGGCUUCAACUCCGUUCAUAACAAAUGUGAUUGAUGAUCCGAACUCAUAUCAUUUUCGUUUUGACGAUGAGGAAUUUGAAAAUAACCUACCACCAACUGAGCUAAAUCCACGCAAACGUCGCUUAGACGAUUUAUUUGGUGAUAUUGAUGACAUCAUCCAAGAAGAAAAAAAUCCAGCACAAGUCUUUUACUCCGUGGAUGUGGAGGAACAUGCGAAGAAAAAGGCUCGAUCAGAAGAAGAUCAGGAUAAUGCGUUGAUUGACCGAAUUUUGGCCGCUCGAGCCGAACAACUUGUACGCAACAACAAUUUCACGAAGCAAUCGAAAUUGCAGCAACUCGAAAUGUUGCAUAAAUUUAAAGCGAGGAAUUUGUCAGAAACAUAUCCACAGUGGCCGUGCAUCCCAGUUAUGGCCGAUCGCAACAGAAUCUAUGUGCGAAUGCAUUCGGAGGAAUUUGAAAAGAAUCAACUGAAUGAGUUGACGCUUCGGAAGAGUUUCGGCAAAUUGCUGGGUGAUAACAGUGAAGAUGUCUGGAAUGAAGCACAGACAAUUGUUGAAAAACGCAUGACCGCUGCUCAAUCGCAAGGGAAUCAAUUGAGUGAAAUCGAUACAGCUGUCAUAAUUCACGAAGCAAAUCCGAGAGGUGGCAAACUUUGGGUCGAAAAAUACAAGCCAAAAGGUUACUUCGAUCUAUUGUCGGACGAAUCAACCAAUCGCAGCCUUUUGAUUUGGCUGAAAAUGUGGGACAAAAUCGUAUUUGGCAGAGAAUUUCAACAAGAGAAAAACUUGACAAAUCAACAGAAGAAUGCAGCGAGCAAUUUUAACCGAAAAACUGGCCGAUUCGAAGUUGGAAGCGUUCGAUUCCGUAAACAUCGUCCAAAUGACUUGAAAACUGAGACUGAUGCCCACGGACGACCCAUUCAAAAGAUUGCUGUCCUUUGUGGACCACCAGGUUUGGGUAAAACAACAUUGGCACACACAAUUGCACGUCAUGCGGGCUACACUGUGCGUGAAAUAAAUGCAUCGGAUGAUCGAAGCCCGGAAAGUUUUCGGCUGGCUCUACAAAACGGAACUGAAAUGCAGACCACAUUGUUGGAUCAAGAGAAACGGCCAAAUUGCAUAAUUCUCGAUGAGAUUGACGGUGCACCUUUGGCUUCUAUUGAAUUUCUGUUGAAAUUCAUAAGCGAUCAAACGAAAGAGACGAAGAAAGCGAAAGCUGCUGCCGUAGCCGACAAAACGGGUAAAAAACCAAAAGCCAGCGGUAUAUUGCGUCGUCCGAUAAUUUGCAUUUGUAAUGAUAUUUAUGCACCAUCAUUGCGUCCGCUACGUCAGGUAGCCUUCAUUGUGACAUUUCCUCCAUUGGACAGUGGUCGGCUUGCCGAACGUUUGCUAACGAUCGCCCGAAAGGAAAGACUCCGUACUGAUAUGACAACCUUAAUGGCCUUGGCGGAAAAGUCCGGCAACGAUGUACGCUCAUGCAUUUCAGUGUUGCAAUUCUUUGCCAACAGUCAUAAACCACUCGAAUUGAUUGAUGUUAUGAAAUCGAAUAUUGGUGAAAAAGACAGGCAGAAGGGUUUGUUUGAAAUUUGGUCGUCGGUCUUUCAAAUUCAUCGUUUCAAAGAAGGUUUCGAUCCGGUGCAGAGCAAAGCAAUCGGAGUAAAUUUGAAUACAACAGUUCAAGUGCCACAAACUGUUGAUACUUCGAUGCGGUCACGAGUAGAGCAUGUGCUGAACGUUGUUCAUAUGGGCGGUGAUGGCGACAGGCUUAUCAAUGGCGUUUUCGAAAAUUAUUUGUCACAAAAAUCCGAUGGAAACUUUUUAAGCAUUACCGAAGCCGGCGAAUGGUUUUGUUUCAGCGAUUUACUGAACACACACAUACAGACGCUACAAAAUUACACCGUUUAUCCGUACCUACCGUAUGGAUUUGUCGCAUGGCAUCUCUUAUUCGCUGGCAUUUCAUGGCCUAAAAUCACUUUUCCCACGCAAGGCUAUGAGUAUUAUCAAAAGUCGAUGACACAAAAGACAAUUCGUGCGUCAUUCAUCAAGAAUUUGUCGGUGAUGGUUCGUAGCUUGGCAAACAGUCCAACGAUUAUAUCAGAUGCUGUGGCAAUCAUACGGCAAAUCAUUUGUCCUUCACUGCGUUCGGUGUCACUUCAGCUGCUCUCACCAAAAGAACGAGCUGAUUUGGUGCAUACGGUCGAUGUUAUGGUUGAUUUGGGAUUAACCUAUUUGCAAACGAAAAACCCAGACGGAACGUAUCAAUAUCAAAUUGAACCUAACAUCAAUUUUCUAUGCAAUUUCAAAGUUAAUCAACGAACCAACGAACUGACCUAUUCUAAUAUGCAGAUUAUAGCACGUGAAGUCGAAUUGCAAACAAUGAGACGGUCAGCACCGAAAAAUAGCGCUGCAAAUCCAAUCAAACCGAACAAAGCACCACAAAAACCAAAACCGCAAAAUCACUUGCAAAGAUUGAACACGAAGUCUGUGUCGGGCACAAAAACAAAAGAUCUGGUGACGAAGGAUUUCUUUGGCCGUAUAACGGAGAAGCGGAUAGCAUUGCCGGUGCAAGAGGGUGGACGUGAUCAAAUAGUGAAGAGUCCAAUUUGGUAUCGGUAUAAGGAAGGAUUCAACAAUGCCGUGCGCAAGGAUGUGACAUUGCAAAGUUUACUCUAAAUAGCCAUUCUAUAUCGUUUUGGGUAACGUGUCGACAAAUCCCCGACCAAUUAAAGUUUUCCAUAUUUAUUAUCUUUCGUUUAGCUCUAGUGGAUUUUCGCAACAACAAAAACAUAAAAACCGAAAACAACAGCAAAAAUCAAAAGACCUUGUGAACCUAAAUAAUAUUUUAAAUAAAAUUACGGAAAAUUAAA